GGGAUCGCGUCAGCAUGCUUGCUCUUCAGCUACACACACUCUCUCUCACACUUGAUACCGCAGCUCGACCUCCGUCACUCAGAACCCGUUAUUGAUUAUUCGCGACUGACCUGACCCGGUUUGCUGGGACCCGUCGUUCUCCGGGAGGUUGCCGUUCUAUCCCGACAUGGCCAGCAGUCGCGUCACCCCCCUUCCAACUCGUUUCACCACCUCGGCGCGGUCCCAAUCACCGGGCCGGCCGACGGUACCCAACUAUCAGACCAUCGAUCCUCUCCUCGGCAAUCUCUCCCCCGAAUCAACUCUCCAGGCCCUCUCCUCAACCGACGCCGUGCCCAGGAACGAACAAGUCGCCCACGAUAUCCUCUCGAAAAGUAUCUCCCAGGUCUCUCCAGCAGAGCGUGCCCUCGGGAUUCGCGCAGCCAUUGCGGCUCAGAAGCUCAACCUAUGGUACAAAGAAGUUCAGUCUUGGGUUUGGCCCAAGCGGACCGAUGCUCACCUUGGGAAGGGGUUCGUCCCCCCUUCCGGCGCUUCCGACGAUGAAUAUUGCGGAAGUCUUCCCGCGGCCGUGGUGGAGGAGCAUGAAAAGCGGAUCGAAGAGAUUCGGGAUGGCCUGGAAGUCCUGGACGUGGACGAGCUUAAGGAGCACGUUCUCAAUGCCCACAUUCCAGCGCGGUCUCGGCCUUCGUCAUCCAAUAGCACCCUAUCGGUGCCUCCCCCGCUCAGCUAUGUGCAGCUGAGUGACUUCACCGCCGUAAUCACCGCCACCAUUCUUCGUGCCCUUCCUCUUCUGUCCCGUCUGAACAGUCUCCUCGCUACCUGGGAUGUUCGAUUGCUGGUUCUGCGCCAGAUCCCCGAGCUGCUCCGGAGACUGCGACUGGCUCGUUCGGAAUUGGAUUCUGCUCUGGAUUUGUUAAAGUCACCCACCCUCCCUGGCGAGACAGAUCCCUUGUAUUCCCGCUCCAAUUAUCAUGCCAAAAGGGCGAUUUUAGAAGCAACUGUUGUGUCCGCAGGCCGCCAAUUGGACCGCGUACUCGAUGCGCUGGAAGGACGGGAGGAUUCCCUCCCCGAGAGUUGGAUUGACGAUCUGGAGGGUAUCGAGUCCGAGUUUGGCACGUGGGUUAUGGAAGCUGAAAGGCGCACCGUCGAAAACGAAUGGCGGAUGACGAUCAGCACAGACCAAGGUGCCAAACAGGAAAACCCGCAGGAUACGUCGACGCAGCUGUCACACGAGAGCAGGGAUCCCGAAAAACUAUCCCUUACCACGUCGGGGUCCGUGCCGCAGACUAGUCACCUAUUCCCUAUGGAGACUAUUGCCGAAGAGGAACCCGUCAGUCCCACUGAGCCAUCGCCUUCGAAUGAAGCUCCAAUUGAACAAAUUAUCGCGGUCCCGGAAUCGGUUGUCAUUCCUGCUUCUCACACCCCCGAUAGCGCCGUCUCAUCUCCCAUUCCAUUGGCUACGACCGAUGCUCUAAAUAAACCAAUUCCAAACACCCAGCCCAUUCAUGCUCCACAGCAAGAGUUAACACCCCCCUCUUCGGUUCCCACUUCGAAUGCCUCCUCGAAUGAUUUAGGCGAGGCUGACUUGGCCGACGAACCUCGGGCGACCGAACCAGCCAGUCGGAAGGUUACCCAGCCUACAGAGGCAUUGGACGAUAGCAUCAUCGCGAGCGUUUUGGACAAUUUGCCGCUUGAGGGGAACACUCUCGAGCGUGGUUCGUCGUUGCUGGUUGGAGAACAAGCGAAUGCGUCCCUUCCUUCCGCCGGCUGUGAGACACCUCUCUGUUCACAGGAAGAUGCAACCCCGCGAGCGUCUCUAGACAUUCAGUCAGAGGCCGAUACUUGCCGUCCUUUCCAGGCUAUCGCAGAUGCGCCCGUAUGUACUCCAAAGAAGGAGCUCGCAGAUCCCAUGUCGUUGCUGCAGUUUGACAAAUAUUCUCGUCACUUGUCACCUGCCAGCCCUGAUGCGCCGUCAUCUGAUGCCGGUAGUGUAAUUAUACGGCGACGACCGAGUUUGAUGCAGUCGCCCCUCAGUCAGCAGAAGGGGGCCUCAGAUGAAACGACAUUUGAAGCCGAGAGCGCUCGUCCUUUGAUUGAGAGCUUUGAUCAAGGGCAGCCCGCUUCCGUUGAACAUCAAACAGCCAGUCCGGCCAGUGUGACGGCUCAGGCUGUAUCCACUGAAGUCCCUCCCGUGCCAGACUCGUUCCCGUUGCUGCCUGUCAGUGAUUCCCCUGAGUCACCAGCAAAGGCGGCAAUUUCCAACAAGGAUGGGCAGUCUCCAAUUCGCCCUACGAGUGUCGCGCAUCAGGAGCCUAGUGAUGGUGGUACUCUCAAAAAGCCCCUGGAGAGCCCGAUCAAACUGUCCAAAACGCGACCAGCGCGCUUGUAUCUUGAAAAGGAGAAAUCGAAGUCUCGGGGCCGGCGGACAUCUGAUGCUUCGUCUCUAUCAGACUAUCCAUCUCUAGUAUCGAGUCCCGAGGUUCAUGAACCUCAUACAUCCUCUUCUGAUGGAACGCCUCUGCUCCUUGAAACACCUCCGCCAUUUCACGAUGCUUAUCAGUCAUCUGACCCCAUGCCACCUGGUAGUGACCAUACGUUGCGAGAAGAUCGUCUAUUCCGCCUCGACAACCAAAAGCCAUCGCCACGUGCCAAUUUCGCGCACAAUCGAAACCUCAGUCUUCCCCUACAGCGUUUCAUCAACGAAAGGUUGGAGAUGAAUUACGAAGACGAAAGCGGCAGUGAUAUGGAUGGCCCUGCUCACAACAGAAAAUCCACUGAUGUGUAUGCGGAUUUGCGCCUCGGCCAGAAAAAGGCACUGUUGCCUCCACAUCACAGCAGAGCCUCCGUGUCAGCCAACAAUCCACGACGUUCUGCAACCCAAAUUCUCGAUGUGCCUCGUGAAGAAAGUCCUAGGCCAGUCAGCAAUGCUAGGACGAAGGUUUUGUCUAAGGCUUGGGAGCACAGGAAGAGUUCCGUUCCGAAGAAUGCGAACAGCAGUGCUCUGCAGUCCGAACCACCUGCACAUUCGACUACCACGCGCUUGAGGAGACAGUUAACUGCGCAUCCUAGCCUUGAAAGUAUUGGGGCCUAUAAAUCCAACGCUCGAUCUAGUGACGAGGCCUCUUCCGUUACCGCCUUUUCUAAGCCCGGGUCUCGGCCAUCUACGCCGGGCUCUCAGUUGAGGAGGCCCAAAGAUCAUCUAGACGAGAAAAUCACUUCUAUCUUGUCGACCCUCCCUACUCGAAUCCAUUUGAUGUCAGUUGAGGAUAAGGACUUCGAUGGAAAUUCUGUGGCGACAUCGAUUCCCUUGAAGGCCAAGGAACGGUUCCGUUCCAUAUCGCCCCAAGGCAUGCCGUCACGUAGCAGCACGCCCACCCCGUCCUUGACCCUGACACCUGCGCCCUCGCGCCGCAGGUAUUCUCAUGCACACGCCCCCGAGGAGAGCUCCGUGAAGCUCUAUCAUCUGCAUCGGGGUGGAAAGACCGCCCCGACGAAACUUUUCGUUCGCUCGGUGGGUGAAAGCGGAGAACGCGUCAUGGUUCGGGUCGGAGGUGGGUGGGCAGACCUGGGGGAGUACCUGAGGGAAUAUGCCAUCCACCAUGGCCGUCGGCACGUCUCGGACACGCCUCGUGUUGAGGUCCAGGGCCUGACGACCCGUACCUCCCCCACAUACUCCACAAGUGGGCGCCGCACUCCAUCCCGACCGCGAUCUGUCAUUAGCAAUCGGCCAUCAUCUUCGUUGGCUAUGCGCAAAACCAGACGUACGUCGAACGUGUCUGAUGUGACCGAGUUCAGGGCAGGUGGAGAGAUGCUGAAUGCUUCGUACUCACCUAUAUCGACGGUCUCAUCGCGCAGACGACUGUCGGCUUCAUCCAACGCCUCAAUGGGCGCGGCCUCUUCCGCGAGCGAGUUCCGUCACGGGUCCUCAUGCUCUCCGUCUACCACUGCUGCUGGUGGUAGCUCCCAUUCGAUCCCGCUUGGCCUGGCUGGGCCGAAGCCACGGCCGAGACAUGUUACCAUCAGCCCAGAGAGUGAGGCGUGGGUUGAAGAUGUUCUCGGCCAAGCUCGGAGGAGCUCAUCUUUAAGGCCGUACAACUAUGUACCGCCCCUAGACCAAGAGCCUGCAUCCAAAGCUCCCACCAUUCCCAAGUCCCGAAGCAUCAGUGACCUAGGAAUGGUCGGUUCUAGCAGGCGCGUCGCACUACGAGGACUUGCCAAACGCUAAGCCCUCACCUGAUCCUAAUCCUAAUCCUUGAUACCUUGACCUCAUCUACACUCUUUCUCCCACCUCCGUCCCUCCCUGCUUUGUCUACUAGUACUGGCGUUUGCCGUUUGCCUGGUGUUUCGGUUUGGACACGGGGUACUAAAAGUGUUAGACAGCAUUGUCCGUUUUUCCUUUCGGUUGCAUUGCAUUCUCAGGGCGAACAAUCUUUUUUUCUUCCCCUUCUUCUUUUCUUCUUCUCAUACCAGACAUACACGUCCAUUGUUUGUCUUCAUUUACUUACCAGUGCAU